AUGGCUGCCUUCCCGCCCGACCACCCGCCCCCUCCCCCGGCUGGCUUCUCCCGGAAGAACGUCCUUCAUGUGUCCUGCUGCCUCGCGCCCUUGGCCACAGAAGGCCGGCCUUUCCCAGCGCCCAGCCUGGGCCUUGCGUCUCCACGUACAGGCCCUGCCCUGGCGGCCUCAGCUGCACUCAGAUUGGAUGUCCGUCCGGCCGGGGAUCUGACCAGUGCUGCUCCCGCGACCACCCCCACCGGGACCUGUGCCCCGCUGCCCGCGGCCUUCAGCCCGUUCCCCACCUGGCCUCUCUCCUGGGUCACCGCCACCCCUGGGCACCGUCCCUUUCCAGGCAGGUCUCUGUGA